CACAGCGCAUGCGUACCAGUAUCGCUGUCACUACUAUGACUUUAGUUAAAUGUCACGUAGCAUUCAAAUAGAUUUUUUAACAAAAUAGUGACACGGCUUCAGUGCGUUAACAACUUUGUGACUGACAUUUAUUAAUUAUCGGAACUGCACGUAAUCCGUAGCAGAUAUCAGUGUCGCUCGUCUUUUUUUGGCUCUGUAGAGACAUGUUUACAUCCCAGACCUCUUCCUUCCAGGAGUCCAUAGACGUGGAUGAAAGGGAUGCAGACUUCGACAACGAAGAGAUCGCAGGAUACAGCCCAAAAAUACAGCAGAUUAACAGCUACUAUGCCAUAUACUACUACCAGAACACAAGAUCUGAGGCUUCUGGAGAGAGUGUGGCCUGGAGCCAGAGGAGGUCAGACUCAACCACAAGUCAGGAAGACUUUAGUCUGACGCUGCUGGACGCCAGCUUGCCCCCCGAGGCCGAGCCGGAGCUACGAAGCUACAUCUCCCGCAGGCUGAGCAAGGGCGCUUUGCUCGGGGGCAUGGGGAACAUUGCCACGGUGGAGCUAAGCGUCCCUGAGCAAGCGCUGGGCUGUUACUGCUGUCUGCUGGAGCAGGAGAAAUCUCCAGAACAGCCUGAGGCCGACGGCAACGGCUGGGUGGUGUGUCUCCUCGGAGGAUCAGAGAAGGGCCUAAAUAUGUUUAGAAUUGAACUAGACAAGUACGUCCAGGGUCUCCAGGGCUGUUUGACUCUAGAGAUGCAGAAUUUGGAGACCGAAGUCAGGCCCUACCUGAACCGCUGGUAUGAAGAGUCAGUUAUGCACAUUCACAGAGUGGUUCAGCUGCUGCAGACGAACCUCGGCUACCUUCUGCAUGCUGCUUUGAGUCACAAGCUUUUCGAGGUCACAGGGGCAGAUGAGAAGACAAAAGCAGAUAUAGCAAGAUUUAUCAAAGCAGCAAGCCUGCAGGGUCUAGUUCAGGAAGACAGCACUGCAGCCUCCCUCUGUAAGGCCAUCUCAGAGGACUCUCACAGCAGCCUGAUCAUCGACUGCUCCACCAGCCCACCUACACUCACCAACAGAGUCAGUAACCGAUUCUGCGAUGACUGGAUCCAGGCCUUCCUCAAUGCUGCUGAGCGCUUUAACCCUUUCCUUCUCCGCCAAAUCCUGGAGAACUUUAAACUUAAGGCCAUUCAGGACAUGAACCACCUGAAGCGCUUCAUCCGUCAGGCUGAAAUGAGCCACUACGCUCUGUUCCACUGCUGUCUGUUCCUGCAGAGCUGUGGGAACGGGGACGUGCUGCUGCAGAACGCACGGGCCGAGCACAGCAGCCUUCCUGAGGCCUGUGGAGUCAUAACUGUGCUGGAGGAGUUCCUCGGGGAACAUGCACAGGGAUCACUGUACUGACACCACAGGGAUUCAUAAACUCACCUAUCUGAGAGCACCUAGGGAGCAGAUGCCCAGAACUCCAGUUUAACACCCAUAAUCAUAGCAGUGUGGUUUGACAAACUUGAAUUAAAAACACUAAGUAUAGCAGGGGGUAUAUCUUUGUGUGUAGUAGAGGUUGAAGAUUAUGCUGUGCUUAAAAAUUCUAAACUAAAUAGAUCCUAUGAAAUAGACCAAUGAAAAAAACCUGUGUGAUCAAACUUUAUUUUAAUAAUUUUUCUCAGUAAUGUGUAUAUAUUAAUACAAUACUAUUUAUAUGUGAUUCUAGAAUGAAGUCUCUAUUGUGUAGCAGUCAUUGUUUUGAAGAUGUGAUUUUUAAAACAGACAGUCCUUUACAUUUAUUGAAAUUAAUUAGGAAACUAGUCACAUAAUCAUGAAGCUCUGCACAACCCAAUAGCCUGUUAACAGUCUACUAUACUCUACUGUACCAUGACCUGCAUGGCAUAUUUCUUUAUAUUUUAAAUUCUUAAUCAUAUCCUAUUCUUUUAUUCUUAAUUCCUAUAAUAAUAAUUUAUUUGAUUUAUGUUCUUGUUUGCUAUUUCAGAAUGUUUCUUACCAAAGAUAAAAUAUCUGAUAAUGAUAAAACUGGGUGUAGCGGUUGAAAAUCACAGAAUUGGGAGAAAAAUAUCCCUUAAACGUAUUUGAUCCAGUUGUAAAUGGUGAUAAUGUGUAUUAGUAUCAUGAUUUAUGGUUUGACAUGACCGUAUUGUCAAUAAUUUGUUCCAGGAACAUUUUAUUUGUGUGAAUUUGUAAGAAUUAAAGAAAUGUUCAACACUGUG